UUCGAGUUAUAACGACGCUUUUAACCUGUAUCAACGUGGAAAAUUUGGUCAAACUGAAGUUUCACUUUGUAUGAUGUUUUAACAGAAAGAGGCUGCAUUCAUUCAUUAACACAAUCCAAAAAAUGUCUUCGUCUCCAAAGAAACGCAAUGUGGAAAGCAAAAUUCCGAAUGGAUCGACUGGAAAUGGCAGUGUGAUGGCUACUUUUUCGAAGGCGUUUGUUGCUGAAGCCGCUUGGGACGACAAGGAUGAGUUCCUGGAUGUUAUCUAUUGGAUGAGACAGAUUAUUGGAAUGGUUUUAGGUCUUAUAUGGGGCCUGUUUCCACUCAAAGGAAUAAUAGCUUUAGUUAUAUUUUUUGCUAUAAAUUGUGGAGUAAUUUAUAUAUACUACGGAAUUUUCCAAAAAGUUGAUGAUGAGGAAUAUGGAGGACCCACCGAGAUACUAAAGGAAGGCCUGAUGACUUCAUUUUCCACAUUUGUAGUGACAUGGAUUAUAUUGUAUUCGUCGCUAUACUCAGACUUAUAGCUGAGAACGGUGCGCACGACUUAGGACUCUGGCAGUCGUAGGACGGGACACCCGAAAUAAAUCCAUGGAUUAUAUUGUAUCAUUAUACUCGGACUUUAAGGUGAUGACUGUGUGGACUUUAGACUCGGGCAGCCGAGGGAUGGGACUUAUCAACAUCUCAAAGAAAGCGUCCAUUUGAGGCUGAUGUUGGCUCUUUUGGCAUGGCCAUAUGUAUUGUUGGAGAAAAAUCUUCUUUUUUUUUGUGAUGAAGAAGUGGGAAGAGGGGGGGGGGGCUAUGGAACCAUGAGAUACUUUUACAGAUUCCAGUUCACAUUGCAGAAAUUAUGAAAGUGAAUUAUUACACAUAAAUAUUGUAAUUUUCAUCAUAUUUUGAAGUCCUCUACCUGUUAUUGAUUUUUACCUCUUAGAAAAUAUCACAUUGUGUGAUAUUAAAACAUUGUGUCAUAGCUGUCAAAAUUUUGAUUUUAUUUGUUCCAUUUUGUGUGUCCUUAAUUGUGUGAAAGUGUCUCAAGCCUCAUAUUUAAUCAGCAAAUUGACCUCUAUCUGUGCUGCUAGCAUGUUGUUCAGAUGUCACAGUUUCCCAGAAGAAUUUCCCAGCAUACAGUAUUCUAUUAAAUACAGAUUGUAAUAAGCUAAAGAUGAUUUUUAUCUGUUUUACAAAAUAUACACACAGAUGAAACUUGGCAUCAUCAUUCAUGUUAUGGCAAUAACAAAAUAUUUGAAAACAUGGCAUGGUCUGUUUGUAUUAAGGUUUUCAAAUUUACCAUGAUGGGGAAUAUUGAUAUACAGCAUACAAUUUUAAGUGAUAACUUUUGAAGGGCGAAAAUGAACACUGGGAGAAUAUGGAAUUUAUCGAAAAUGUGCAUAAGUUGACUGGGAGAAAGUAUACAAUUUUAGGACUAGGGCUGCAACGAUACAUGAACAUGACGAUACAUUAGUAUUAUGCGUAUGACGAUACUGUGGUCAAGAUACAAUAUGUUUGACGAUAUACAUAGUAACAGUAAGUAGAUGCAAAGAGACAAGAUAUUUUACAAAAUUACAACUUUCAACAUGCAUGCCGAGCUGGAGCUGUCACUCGCCAUGUCUGAAUGGAUAUGAGUUGACUAAAUUCAGAAAUAACAAAAUCUGGAAAAUAUAGUAGUAGUUGUAUUGUGACCUCCAAAAAAAAUGUGAAUCGUACCGUAUACAACAUAUAACAAUAUACACUGUAUCCUCGCACGAUAUAUUGUUGCAGCCC